AUGGCAAUGCGGCUUCUUGUGAAACGAAAUCCAGCUUACCCGCUCGCGAAGCUGCCUACGCGUGGAAGUGCGCAGGCUGCUGGUUACGAUCUUUAUGCGUGUGAAGACGCUACAAUUCCACGAGGAGGACGCACCGUAGUGCAGACAGGCAUUCACAUCGCGUUGCCCGAAGGCCACUAUGGGCGAGUGGCUCCGCGUAGCGGCCUCGCUGUGAAACAUGGGAUCGACGUUGGGGCAGGUGUUGUCGACUCAGACUACCGAGGAUUGUUAGGCAUCGUCUUGUUUAACUUUGGGACGGAAGAUUUCCAGUUCCACGCAGGUGACCGCAUCGCGCAGUUGGUGAUUGAAAAGAUAUCUAAUCCUGAAGUCGAGGAGGUUGAGUCUCUAGAGGCAACGGAGCGUGGAAGCGGUGGAUUUGGAUCUACAGGUGGAUUUUCCAGUUCUACGCGCCCGACAUAG